CACUUCUCUCAACAAUUUUCUCAUUUAUGUAUACAAUUGUUUGUAAAACAAAAGCUUCUACUUUCUUCCUGAAUACAUUACUUUUUAAACGCCGCUAGUAACAAAAUGCAAAAUGGCUGAUGAAUUGUGUACAGUACUUGGUAUUUUGAUAGCCUUAUCGCCUUUCAUUCAAGGCAAGCCAGGUCAAAGUGUUGAGUAUAUUUGUCCAGAGCAUGCUGGCGCUGUAGAUUAUACAUUACAUGACUUGUAUAAUGAUGGUGUUCGGGUUCAAAACACUUCCUUCAUAUCUUUCCAAGUAAAGUGUGAGAAAAACGCUUACAUACUGCUUCAAGAACACCGAUAUGACUACAAGAACCUCGCCGUGGAGAUUAUUCUUGGGACUUCGGAAAACAUGGCGAUAUCCAUUUCAGAUAAACAGUCGAGACGUCAAACAUGGUGUCGGAGGCCUAACAUAGUUUCAAAUGAUGAAUAUCGCUACUUCUGGAUCAGCUGGGAAAAUAAUGUUGUUCGUGUUGGUAGAGGUGACACGCCAAAUAUCAAACGCUUUCCGUGUUCGGAGAGGAUAGCGUGUGUAGUAAAUUAUGUCAGCAUUGGGACGGCUUACCAUACGAAAGGAUACUGGAAGUUCAAUACCGGAACACCGACUGCUAAAACAUCACCAACAACGAAAACAUUACAAGCCUCGCCAACAACACACUCGAACACAUUUAAAACAGAUAACACUCCACUGAAUACAAAUGGAAACGAUGAAGGAUCAUUGACAGCAGUUUAUGUUGCGGUUCCACUAACAGUUAUCGUCGCUGUAGUCGUCGUAGCGGUCAUUCUGGUGUUGCGGAGGUACCAAAGAAGUCAGAAAACGAAACCAGAACCGGACGUUGUAUACUGUAACAAUGGAAAUCAAACGCCGGUUGUGAACAGGAAUCUGACCUCCGGGAUAGAAAAUCCAGCUUAUGACGAACAUAUCUUGGAAACAGAGACUAGGACACGUCGUAGAAGCGGCGAAAUGCCAAUGUCAAAUGAUAAUAACUACACGGAAAUUAACUUAAUGGAAGAACAGGCAGUACAAUUGACGGCUAGAGAAAACAAAACUCUUCCUUUGCAAACUGAUCAUGAAACAAAUGAUGGCCAUGUUUAUAAUCAUGUAGUAAAACAGAACGACCUUACACCAUUCUCCAGUGAAACGCCGUUUGAAGAAAUUUCGAAAGCUGAGGUCAAAGAUAAUGUUGCAUGCGUUACAGCUGAUGGCAACGGUGGUCGAACCAAACUUAAUGAAGAUAAUUUAGAUGAAGAUAGGCCGUAUAAUAAGCCAGAUGGUGUAAACAAUGUCGAUCCGAAGAACAUGGAAGAAGAUAAUACUACACUGUAUGACCAUGCUACUGCAGGUGGUAAAAGUCCAACGUACACUGUCAGUGACGAAUAUUCGCAUUUGAAUGAUGUUAAAAAUAACAGGGGUGUUCAAAGUUCUGAGAAGCCGUCUAAAGAAAAAGUGAAGACGACAAAUACCGAAGGUCAUGGUCGUACCACUACAAAAAAGAACGAUUCAGACGGAUAUAAGAUUGUUGCGGCUUGUCACACUCCACAAUACUUUGUUCUAGAACCGGUGUCAGCUAAAUGGACUGCUAGAUGCAACAGUGGUCAUGAAUAAAGAGUAAUAAAUAAGAAAAAUACUAUUUAGUUAUCAAAAUAGACAUUAUGUAAAUAUUUGUACAGCGCUUUCCCACAUUUUCAGAUUUCUAACUCGUACUUCUUGAAACUUUCAACCGACCAGCAUCUUCAUAAUCUAAGGACAUGAUGUCAUUCAUACAAGUAACCUAUGGACAGGAGUAAUUUUGCUGUUUUAACAGCGUUUAAAUACAAACGAAAGCCGAAAAGUUAGACUGGAUGGUAAUUGUUUCGAAAUUGUAAACACUGUAACAUAAUCCUGCGGCCAUAGUGCACUUAAAGACUUUUCUUGCAAUAAUUAUUGCUUCUAUUAAAAGAUUCUUUUGAAUACAAGAAAGAAAAUAAAACUAGCAGACUCAUUUGUUUGUGUCUGUUUGUGACAGGUGAUCUUAUCUAAUGUUUGUAUUCUGUAAAAUAAAGUCAGUCAUCUCAUUUAGAA